AUGGCGGGUGCAUCCCCAGAUCCCCUGGCCGGCGUGGAGCACGGGUCAGGAGUAGGUGUUUCUCAAGGGCAGCAACAGCAGCCGGAUCGGGGGAGAGUUGCUUCUUCCGAUGCUGCGUCUCUUAGUGCUGCGGAGGAAGAAGAUGAGCAGAAGCAGGAGGAACGACAGAGCCAGAAAUCCCCAGAGGGAAGUGAAGACAGCUCGAAGCAACAAUCUGUAAAUGGCUGGGGUGUCAGAUCGCCGCCAGCAGAGGAGCAACCGCAACUGCAGCAACAGCACCAGAGGGAAACAGCACGAGCAGCGGAAGCGCCUGCAUUAGCAGGAAGGGAGAACAGCGCCGAAGCACUGGCAGCAUCCGAAGUAGCGUUGGGUGAGCUGUCUGGAGGGCUUCCUUCUCUUGCAGCAUUUUUGGCCGGACAGGCGAAUUUAAAGGCCUCCACUUCAUCGGAGGCCGUCUCUAAAGGGAAUGAAGGUUCCCACGAGAAGGGAGAAGAGCCGUCUGAGGGAGCGCCAUCUCCCCCCUCAGCAGCAUCAACAGGUGCUGCAGCAGGAGGAGCAUCUAGGGGCGGCGGGCCGGCCGCGGCAGCAGCAGCCGACGAGGGAGCAGGCGAGACAGCAGAGGCAGAGACAGAAGCUUCAGGUGCGGAUGCGGGUGGAGAUGAGAGCAGGGAAGAAGGCGGAUUGGGUUCUUCAGCAGCAGCAGGGGAGGAAGCUGCUGCUGCAGCAGCUGCUGCUGCUGUUACACCGCGACGGCGGCAGCGUGUGGUGGGGCCCGAGUUGUACUUGCGUUGGCAGAUGCUGGCGAAGAGAGUAGAACGCGUCAAGGGUGUCUGCUACAGCAGCACUCGCCACGAGUGGAUCGCGGUGGGCCCCGUGCAGCAGGGCAGCAGCGGGCGGAAGAAGAAUGUGUAUUUCUCCGUUCCGAGGUAUGGCUUUUCCGAGGCAAGGCAGCUGGCUGUUGAAUGCAGAAGAAGACAGGAGGAGAUCCUCGCGGGCGGUGGAGACAAAGCCGUAGACGCAGCCGCAAUUGCAGCAGAACUCACGGAGAAGUACAGGCAAAGAGCAGGAGCAGCCGCAGCAGCAGCAGCUGCUGCUGCGGCUGCAGGCCACCCGCUGCCUGACGGCGAGGACAGCGACGAGCUUGAAAGACUCGGCCUCACCCUCAUGGAAGAAACCGACGAAGGCAGCAAAACAGAUGCAGAGGAAGCAUCAGCAGCAGCAGACACAGAUAGCAGCAGAGGCGCCGCAUCGGCUGCUGCAGGCAGCAGCGCGCAGCAGGCAACAGCCUCCCCCUCAGGGGGUAGACCCUACGAACUGCGUAAGAGGCGGCCUCCGACAACUCACCUCAGUGAUGACGAAGCAACGGACGGAGCGGCCAGGCGUUCCUACACUCGAGCGCAGCAGCAAGCGCAGCAGCAGAACAAUCCCAGAAAGAGAGGGAGGCCCCCGCGAUCCCGCGGUGGGGCACCACUAAGUGACUUGCCAGCGUUCGGAGGCACGUUCCCUGCUGCGGAUCCGCAGCAGCAGCUCUUGCUGCAGCAACAGCAGCAGCAGCAGCGAGGAGUUGUAACUGGUGCUUGCAAUGCAGGCAGCGGCACCCAAGGAGCUGGCACCAGCAGUAGCAGUAGCGCAAGCAGCAGCAACACCAUUAAUAUGCGUCUUUUGAGUGAAGCCCUUGGGAUGGUGCUGCAAGAUUUGCUGAGGCUCUGCUCCUCCCCUUCUGCCCUUAUUGCUGCUGGUGUUCCUCGCGACGCUGUAGAUCUCUGCGCCCUCAGCUGCCGUUGCAUUGAAGCCAGUCAGCGCCGAGUGAGGGCUGCUACCUCUCCGCAGGAGCUGGAGGAGUUUGUGUCCCUCUUCAGAGAUUGCAUCAUUCAGCAUAGACUGCCCAGCAGCAGAAGGCCCGAACAGAUCCUCCUCUACGUAGAAGCUCUCGCCAGAAAAGAAAGCGCUGCUGCUGCUGCAGCUGCUGCUGCUGCGGCGGCUGCUGCGGCUGCAGGUGGAGGGGCCGCAGCUAGCGGAGCAGCCACGGCAGCUGCAGCAGCAGCUCCAGCAAGCGGACUCAGAGGCUCUCAGCUGCAACAGCAGCAACUGUUGCUGCUGCAGCAGAAAGCUGUAAAAAGAGACGCAUCACCCGUGAGGCCUCUUAAGACGCUGCCGUCGGUACCGCCACAGCAGCAACAGCAGCAGAGACUGCAGCAACUCCAGCUAUUGUCCCUGCUGCAGCAGCAACAACAGCAGCAACAGCAGCAGCACGAGGGGCUUAGAAGGCCAGCAGCAGAAGCCUCAACUUCCCCGCCAAAGGAUGCGAUCCUCCGAAAGUAUGUAACGUUUGAGGCGUGGAGACGCUCUUGCGUGGCUGCGCUGAAUCGCGCAGAGAACUUCGGGGACUUGCGCCGCCUGCCGCAGCUCCGUGAUGCCAUUGUGUACAUCUUAGGCGCUGACUAG